CGAAACUCGAAAACAUCAUCACACGUUACGGGCUGAAAAGUCGCGGAGGAAGAAAGUCUCAUCCUGUCGACUUCGUAAUUCCUCUGCGCCCUUUCUCCCUCUGAGAAAAAAUAGAAGAAAAGAAAAGAAAGAAAAAAAUUAGGGCUCAGGAAUAAAAGAGUAAUUUCAAUUUACCCAGAUUGAUUCGUCCCAAGAUUACACCAUUAAGCCAUUCCGACACGAAGCUGAGGGUCCCUAUUGAUUGUAAUUUCAAUUCUGCGAGAUGGAUCAGAUACUGAAUAAGGUUGGUUCCUACUGGAUAGGGAAGAAGGCCAACAAGGAGCUCAAUUCCGUCGGCGAUGACAUCAACUCGAUGUCAAGCAGUAUCGAAGGUGGAGCCAAAUGGUUAGUCAACAAAAUUAAAGGAAAAAUGCAAAAACCAUUGCCGGAACUACUGAAGGAAUAUGAUCUGGCCAUAGGUAUUUUCCCUCGCGAUGCCACCAACUAUGAGUUCAAUGAGGAGACAAGGAAGCUUACUGUCUUCAUACCCUCAAUAUGUGAAGUGGGAUAUAAAGAUUCCUCUGUGUUGCGGUUCUCGACCACCGUAACUGGAUAUCUGGAGAAGGGAAAACUAGUUGAUAUAGAAGGAAUGAAAACAAAGGUGAUGAUAUGGGUGAAAGUGACUGCCAUCUCAUCGGAAGGAUCAAAGCUCCAUUUUACUGCUGGGAUGAAGAAAACCCGAAGCAGAGAUGCUUAUGAGGUUCUUAGAGAUGGAGUAGGAGUAGACAAGUUCUAG